AUGCGGCUUCUGUUUCGUGAUGUAAUUAUUAUACACGGGCAGAUACCGAAGAAUGCCGUACGUUUCCUAAAUCGUACAAUGUUGGAUGGAAGGAUUAUUAGAGUUGACUAUGACGCCGGUUUUGUAGAAGGACGCCAGUAUGGAAGAGGAAAGCACGGCGGACAGGUCCGCGAUGAAUAUCGUGAGCAGUAUGAUCCUGAUAGGGGCGGUUAUGGUAAAAUCUGGCAGGAUAGAGAGCGUCUGUAA